UUUUAUAGUACUUUCAUUUGGAAUAUGAAAUUUGCACAAAGCGAGAGAAAGAACAAAUGCUAUUGCAGAAGUCCAUGAUGGAAGAAAUUGAAAGAUAUUUAUCAGAAGUGGAAAAAGCAGGAGACCAGGAAAUCGAUAAUUUGAAGGAUUCCAUUUCUAAUUACGUAACCGAUGUAGGAAAAACAUGGUCUCGUAAAAUUGAUGCUACAUACGAAGACAUUGACAAAAAAAGUCUUCGAAUGGAUUUAUGCAAUGAGAGAGUAGAAGCAAUAACAUCCAAAGAUCUUCGCAAUGCAUUUCUAGCAGAUCAAAUAGAAACUGCAAUACUGUGGAAGAAAGCCUACGAAGAUUUAAUGAUGUUGUCAACGGAGCUCGAGAAAUACAGAUAUAAUUACACCAAGACGAAAUCUGAUAUGGAGAGGUCAAUUUAUUGGAUGCAACGUAACUACCGAGAUAACAUGCCCGAACUGACCAAAUUUCAAAACCACGUUUCUUUCCUGGAGAGCAGGAAGACGGAGCUCUCCGAAGAACUUCAGAGUUUGACGGAAGAAAUUAGAAAAGAAGAAAUUCGUGGAAGAGACACCAAACGUCAGUACGCUAAUAAAAUUGUGGUAAUGCAGGAUAUUAAAAGGCAAGCUACUUUGCGAGCAGUUUCGAAACAUAAAAAUGUAUUUGAAGCCAAGCAAUGUGAAAUCUCCGAUCUUCUAUCUGAGAUUCUGGAAGGAGAUCAAUUCAUUUUCGAGGAAAUACUCCAUUUACCGUGGACACCGCCUGAAUCGACAGUGUCGGAAGAUAAAAAUGGUGCCGAAAAUGAAUCCCUUGAAGAAGUAGAUAGUCUAAUCUCGAUCAAAACUCUGAAUAAUGAUAAAUUUGGUGAUGCUUUUAGACUUUUAAUGUCAAGUAAAGAUUUUGAAGCUGUCCUAAAUCAUAUUGCAGAAGAAUUAGGUUUUAUGCUCGAUUUUCAAUGGGUGAAUUACGCUAAAAAAACUUUGGAUAUAAAAAAUGAAAUAAAAUGGAUUGAAUUAUUUAAAGUAUUUAAAAUAGAUUUUGAAGAAGAUUUAAAAGACUUAAAAAAUCAUAUGAUGAAAUUCACCAAAAUGAACGAUGCAGGCGAAGCUGUAUUUGAUUGGAGUAGAACUUUGGAAGGCUUUAUCGAUUUUAUAACAGUAAAAAAGCAUCGAUUUUCUAAAACGCAGUUAAAAGAAAUGGAAGAAGAAUCGCCUAAAAACGAAAACAUAGACUGGAAUUCUAUUCAAGCAUCAAUUCCCAAAAUUCACCUGUGGGAUAGUGUAAUUUUACUCUUGAAGAAAUAUAAAGAUUUUCUGACUUCAAGACAAAGAUUAAAUGCACAAAAGGUAGAAGUUGAAACUGAAAAUACAGAAUUGGACAAGCUACUAGCUAACUAUUAUAGUUAUGAUAUACCAAAUUAAAUUUUACAGCAAAAGGAGGAAGCCUUGUUUUCAAGUAUAAAAAAUUUAUUAGAUCAACAUUAAUUUUCAUAAAUCCAGCUUUCCAAGGCACUCUUGUAAGAAACUAACUCUUCAUCUUUGAACCACAGUGAAAUUUCUUUUU